AUGUCUGUUGCAACAGAGAACACUGUAGUAAUAGACCUUAGGAGUAUACCGGGCUACGAACCUGUUCCACUCACGGUCAGAGUCCCCACAGUGCUGACCUUAGCAGGAAGUGAUCCGUCUGGUGGAGCAGGUAUAGAAGCUGAUAUAAAGACUAUAUCAGCUUUCCACUGUUUAGGGCUUAGUGCCAUAAAUGCGCUCACUGCGCAAAAUACAACAGGAGUUAAGAACGUGCUACAAACGGAUGAACGUUUUCUAACACAGUUACUUCAGGCUCUGUUUGAGGAUAUGCGAAUUGACGCAAUAAAAACGGGAAUGAUGACUAGCAAAGCUGUCAAGUUGCUUCCAUUCUACCUGGACAAGUUUCAUAGAGGCAAACCAUUGGUUAUUGAUCCUGUCUUAUCUUCAACUUCAGGUUUUGAUCUGGGGAAGUUAGAUGUCUUAAAGUCAAGCAUCAGUACAUUUUUCGCCAAAGCGACUGUCAUCACACCUAAUUUUAUCGAAGCAAAAAAGAUAAUGUGUGCGAUUCAGGGCAUAUCAUUUGAUACGUUUGAUUUGCCUGUUAAUGGUAUCAACGAUCUAAAGGCCCUUGCGAAGUUUUUACAACAAAAUAUAGGUUGUCAAUCGGUACUGGUAAAGGGAGGCCAUAUACCCUGGGAUGAGGACUUUAGACCCAGUGACAUUACUGGAAAACCCCCCAGAUAUUUAACAGAAGUUUUAUAUGAACAGAGUGGUGAUGUUACAGUAUUCAAAUCUGAUUUCAAUAGAUCCAAGUUCACCCAUGGAACAGGAUGCACCUUAGCGUCUGCUAUGGCGGCAAACUUGGCUAGAGGUUUAUCCAUUUCUGAAUCUGUCCAAUUGUCCAUUUCGUUCGUUCAAAAUAGUAUAAAAUAUGCCGACAAAAGUUUAGGUAGUGGUACCGGCUACGGUCCCAUGAAUCAUUUAUAUAACAUCAGUACCCCUGUCUGUUUGGGUGUUACCAAGAGUAACUUGCCUUUCAAUGAAGGACACUUUUUUGAUCAUUUAAUUAACUACCCAUCAAUUGCACCAUGGUGGAAAAGAUAUACUCAACACGAUUUCAUAAAGCUUAUGGCAACAGGUGCUUUAUCACAGAAAAGUUUCCGCCAUUUCUUAAAACAGGGGAAACUGUAUCUGGAAGUCUACACCAAGAUAUAUGCUAAAACAGUGGCAUUAGCUCCAAGUUUAGAUCAGCUACAAUCAAACACCAUUGUACUCAAGGAUUGCGUUAGAGAAUUAGCUCUUCUUGGGGAUAGACUAAAGUUGCUUGGGGUAGACGCUUCAAACAUAAAAAUGUCCCCCGCCUGCAAAGAUUAUACUGAAUAUUUGAUGUCAGUGGCCUCUUCAACUGACGAUUGGUUGACGAUAAAUAUUUUAUUAGCACCCUGUUUACACGGCUAUCAUCAUGCCACGAAAUGGGCCCUUCAAUUUGUUGGAGACCAGCCUUCAGAGAAUUGGAACCUGAAAUGGUUGAAUGAUUACGUAUCCGACUGGUACGUCGAUUCAUGUGUUAAAGGAAGAAAAGUUCUGGAGAAAAAUGCAUUAGAGUUGCAAAGUGACGAACAAUUAUCUACUCUGAUCGAUAUCUUUGAGCAGGGAACUGUCUUAGAGUGCAAAUUUUGGGAUGAGGCAUUGUUAAUGGGCCAAGAUAAACUGUGA